CGCUUCCACCGUCCGGGCCACCAGUGGCCGAGACCUCUGGACCACGCACGUAGCAAAUGCAGUGCGCCUACUGCACCAGCCAACUGGUGAGCGGGGGAAGCUGGUACAUGCUCGCUGAUCGUCGGUAUUGCUGUCAAGAGCACCGCCUGAGCGCACACGCUGCGGCGGCCGCGGCAGCAGCGGCUCGCUCCUCGCCAAUCCCUAUCCCGAUGCAGAAAGUUUGUCGCCCGAAGCGUGUAGGCAACCCGCUCGAAGCCCUCCGCGUCUGCGCCAAUGCAAUGCAGCGACCAAGCAGCGACCUGGGCCUUGCGCUGCUUGCGACGAUCGCUCCCAACGCCUCGCCACACGCCUGGCCGCUCGACCGCCCCUUUGACGUGGUGGCGAAUACUGAACGCAUCCCAUCGCUGGGCAUGUGCGAGUGCCUCUCAGAGAUAUGUCAGAGUGUCGUGACCCCGUGUGUCGGGGACUCGGGGGCUGUCACAGUGUUUGCCAAGGACACCGCCCGCGCCUAAGGCUGAUGCAAAGCCAGCGGGACCCGACGGCAUGGGAGACCUCCCGCUCGCCGACCGCCCCCCCGCCCCUCCCCCUAGCGGCGCGAGCCCAGCGCGAGGCCGACAGCGAUGCCGAGCACGAGCCAGGCGAGGGAAGCGAGCGCGCCGCUGCCGCCGCCGCCGCCGCCGCCGCCGCCGCCAUCGCUGCCGCUGCCGCUGCCGAACACCGCGCGGGGAGAGCCGAUCGAUAUCUCGCUCGGCGGCGGCGGCGGCGGGGCGUCCUCUCUGCGCGGCGUGCGCGGCGUUGCGGCGUGGUUCUCCUUGAUCCACUCGCCGAUGAGCGGCGCCAGCUGCAUCACGUGCACGCGCUGCGGCGCCCCGGCCU